AUGGGUGGGGUAGAAGUUCCUUGCUUAUUGGACACCGGGUCCAUGGUGACCACUAUUUCAGAGGGGUUCUUUUUUGAACAUUUUGAGCCUUGGGGUAGAGAGAAGCUGCAUAGUUGUGGUUGGCUACAGUUACGUGCUGCAAAUGGCCUGGAUAUCCCGUAUUUGGGUUAUUUGGAGUUAGAUUUUGUCGUCCUUGGGAAGAAAAUCCAGAGUAAGGGAGUACUGGUGGUGAAAGAUCUGUCCCAGUCUUCGUUACCGGGUGGGUUUCCUGGGUUGCUAGGUAUGAACGUCAUCCAGGAGUGUUUUAGGGAGUUGUUUAGUCAACAUGGGCCCAGUCUCUUUGAUCUUCCCACAGUGCGGGAGACUCCUGCAUGGUAUUCUGCCUUGCAGUAUUGUAAGAAGACAGAAACUGACGUUUAUGAGACGACUGAACGGUUAGCUAGGAUUGGGGGUCGAGAAACCGUGCGAAUCCCGGCAGAUUCAUUGCGUUUUGUGCCGGUUACUUUCUCCUUACCAACAGGCCCCCCACCUGUGUUGCUGUUUGAGCCUCUGGGGGGGGAGAAUUCGCUUCCAGCUGGUCUUCUGGCCUCUGUAUCUCUGGUACCACUUGUUAGAGGGGUGGCCUAUGUACCCAUAGUUAAUGUGGGGAAAAGAUUUCUGCUUCAGCCACAUGUUGUGGUGGGGACAUUGUGUACGGUCCAGACUGUUCCUCGGCAGGAUGUUGUCAUGGCACCAUCAGGGCAACAGGUAUAUAUUCAAGCCACUGUUGCAUUGCAGACAGAGAAAGGGGAUAGAGUGGAGGAGGCAAUUCAUACUAUGGAUCUGCCUCAGCUGACUUUGGACAAACAGGCUCAGGUGAAGUCCCUGUUGCUGAUCCAAUACGGCAGAGGUAUCGACGAUUACCCCCUUCCGAUUAUGAGGCAGUUAAAGAGCAUAUUCACCAACUGUUGCAGAAUCAGUGGUAAGGAGAGCUCUAGUCCGCACGCCUCUCCAAUUGUAGGUGAAAAGAAAGAUGGGCAGAUUCGUCUUUGUGUUGAUUAUAGGCAGUUGAAUGGUAAGACACGGAAGGACGCGUUUCCCCUGCCCCGGAUUGAGGAGUCACUGGAUGCUAUGUGUGGAGCCCAGUGGUUUUCCACUUUGGAUCUUGCCAGUGGCUACAAUCAGGUUCCGGUGGCAGAGGGAGAUAAAUGUAAGACCGCGUUCUGCACACCCUUUGGGUUAUUUGAGUUUAAUCGAAUGCCCUUUGGGUUGUGCAAUGCCCCUAGUACAUUUCAACGCCUUAUGGAGCGCAUGUUUGGGGAUCAAAGGUUUCAGACGUUGUUGCUCUAUUUAGAUGAUAUUAUCAUCUUUUCGUCCACCAUUGCACAACAUUUGGAGAGGCUGGAAAUGGUUUUUGUCCGAUUGCAACAGGAGGGGCUGAAGGCAAAAUUAGAAAAAUGUUGUUUUUUUCGACAAGAAGUAAGCUACUUGGGGCAUGUAGUGUCUAAGGAGGGGGUGUCUACUGACCCAGCCAAGAUCAGUGUGGUGGCAGAGUGGAAGCGUCCAACCAAUGUGGCAGAACUGCGGUCUUUCUUGGGAUUUACUAGUUAUUAUAGACGUUUUGUAGAAGGAUUUGCACGACUAGCCGCACCAUUGCAUCGUCUUGUUGCAGACUUAGUAGGGACAAAGAAGAAAAGGGGUUCUGGGAAGUCGAUUGAGAGCUGUUGGACGGAGGAGUGUGAGCAAGGGUUUCAAGAUUUGAAACGCCGUUUGGUGACUGCUCCUGUAUUGACGUACGCAGAUUUUUCUCUCCCAUUUGUAGUGGAAAUCGAUGCUAGCCAUGCCGGACUAGGGGCUGUGCUUAGUCAAGAGAAGGAUGGCAGGCUGAGGCCAGUGGCAUAUGCUAGCCGGGGGCUUCGACCCACAGAAAGAAAUAUGCAAAAUUAUAGCUCCAUGAAAUUGGAGUUAUUAGCUUUGAAAUGGGCUCUAACUGAAAAGUUUAGGGACUAUCUUUUGGGACAGAAGUGUGUGGUGUACACAGAUAACAACCCCUUGAGCUAUUUGAAGACUGCCAGGCUUGGUGCUGUAGAGCAGCGCUGGGCUUCCCAGUUGGCAGCAUUUGAUUUUGACAUUCGAUAUCGCCCCGGCCGUGCUAACGGUAAUGCGGAUGCUCUGUCUAGGCAGUACACAGUGGUUCCUUCUCCACCGCAAGAUAGUGGUACUGCUCUGCCUGCAAUGUUGGUUGAAUUGUUGGACAGGGAGAGGCCAAUGGGGGUUGCCCAGAACAUCAUUUCUGCUCUUCCUACCACUUCAAAGGUAGAUUUACGACAGGCACAGGAGCAGGAUCCAGUUAUUGGUUCAGUGCUUGAUUGUUUUUCCUCCAAAGUGUAUCCAACUAAGGAACAGCGUCAGGCUAUGUCUAAAAGGAGUUUGGAAUUGCUUCGUCAGUGGAGCCGGUUGAUUGAGAGAGGUGGGUUAUUAUAUCGUCAAAUUAAACUACCUGAUGGGGAAGAUGUGGAUCAGUUGGUGUUGCCUGGGGUUUUGCAGGAGAGGUUUUUCAGCAGUUGCAUGACCUUCAUGGUCACCAAGGCAGGGAACGUACCUAUGAGCUUAUACGCAGUCGAUGUUAUUGGCCUGGGAUGGAGGCUGAUGUUCGGAAGAGAUGUCAAGACUGUAGUCAGUGUGCUGUUGCGAAAUCGAAUCGCCGCCGACCCGUGCUCCUAUGGGCCAUUUGUUGGCAUUUAG